UUAACUUGCGGUGGUCAGACAACCACUUCAGUGAGUCGCCUGGAGAUGGCGGUCAAACCCCACAAAUGAUUCUGCUAGGCGCCUGUUGGGGCAGCGUCUGGUGUCGGAAUAGUUAACGUGGGGCCGCCCUGGCUUCAGUGACUUUCUUUAUUUUUUAAGAAAAAAUAAGAACCGACUGAGCAGCAGGAGGGGUGGGAUGCAGAACUGAACAGGACAUACUGAAGGAGAAAAUAGAGGGAACGCUAAUGCUACAAAAUAUGGAGUCUUGCCCGAUGUACAUGUGUGUGGUUUACAAUACAUUGAUGUAGCCAGUCAAUAUUUUAUAUUUAUUUGAUUUUUUUUGUGUGUGUGUGACAUCUGCAAUGACGAGGGUCGGGGUUUUGAGCAGGACCGCAGCGAUUGUGCUCUGUCUUUUGGGAUGCAAUGUGUGGAAAGCGGUAACCAAAACCCUGCAAGAUGACAACGCUCUAAAAGAGGUGACUCUGAAGGUUCACCUGAGUGAUGCCAGCACCCACCAGCCCCUGGGCGGAGCCACCAUCGAGCUCUUCGCCAACCACACCCCUGUAACCACAGAGACCUCUGCUCUCGACGGCAAUGCCUACCUGCGUUUUCCCUACCGCCUUGGAACCCUGCUAGUUGUCACAGCAACCAGACAGGGCUACGUGCCAAAUUCCGCCCCCUGGAGACCCACCAGACUGCCCGUGUUUUCCUCUCUCAGUCUGGAGCUGCUACCAGAGAGAGCUGCCACUCUGAUGGUGUAUGAAGACCUGAUACACAUUAACUCUGGAUCCCAAGGAUCGAGGGGUCAGUCCUGGGUUCAGUUCCAGCGUCGAGCCCUGAGCCUCCCUCCCAACUCGUCCUACAGCAAUCUCACUGCCCUGCUGACUGUGGCCAAUAACCCCAGCCACAUCCAGCACUUCCCCUACCUACAGGGCCUGGGGGGCAACGGAACAGGAAGUGAGCGUAGGUUUGAGCUGACUCCAGUGGCGGCCAUCUCUGUCCACCUAUUGGCCAGCGAGGGGGUGGAGCUCCAGGUGAAUGGUCCAAUCAGCAUCUCCAUCUCUCUACCGGCCAAUAGCGGCCUGAAGGAGAACCAACACAUCCCAGCCUGGAGGUUCGAUCCCAGUCUAGGGGCCUGGUUGAAGAGCAGUCUGGGCUAUGUCCAGAGGGAGGGAGACCAGCUCAGCCUAACCUACAUCGCCCCUCAGCUGGGAUACUGGGUGGCUGCCAUGUCCCCACUAGACACAGGUCCGGUGGUGGCAAAGGACAUCAGUAUGUACCACACAUUCUUCCUAUUGGCCAUACUGGGAGGCAUGGCUGUCAUCCUCCUCUGCCUGCUCUGCCUACUACUGUACUACUGCAGGCGUGGUUGUGUGAAGCCUCGUCUGUCCCAGCGGAAGCUGACUCUGUCGUCUGGUCUGGAGGGCAGUAAGAGAGAUCAGUCCACCUCCAUGUCCCACCUCAUCAGCAGCGAGGUUCAUUUGGAGCUGGUCUCUACGACAGCAGAACCCGACAUGACCACGCCCAUGCUAAAACCCUCCUCCUAUGAUCGCCAUGACCUGGUCUCCCAUGGCAACCACAGUCGCAUGUCGCUAGGAAACCACAGCCGAAGUCGUCAUGGCUCGUCGCUAGGCAACCUGACGCCGCGCAGCAGAGACUACCGUCAGUCUGUGGAGACGUUCCCGUUUAAGUCAGCCCUCUCCGCCGGGACGGAUGCCGGCUACCGCCAAUCAUACACCUCCAUCUGCUCAUCCAUCAAUCAGCUCCCAGAUAGACUUUCCUCCUCAAAUCAGGUGCAUGCGUCAGCAAGUCAAUUGAGUGGUGUUGGGGAGGGCGGGACUAGUGUGCGUGAGGCUACCUCGCCCUGCUCCCCACCUGUCUCCCCUAUCAGAGGGGAGGGGUGUGAGCGCAGACCCCCAGACUACCUCCUGUCCCGGUCUGUGGACCACCUGGGCUCCCUGCCCCUCUCCCUCCCCAGGCCGGGCCAGCUGCUGUGUUGUGGCUCCGUGGACCUGCUGAGUGGAGGAGACGGUUACCCCAGGAGGAUCCGGCCCACCCUGGUGAUCCCAGCCCACUACAUGCGCCUGCCGGGGGAGCACCCGCUGUGUGGCCAGGCCCUGUUCUUACAGACUGACCAGCAGAGUGACCUGGAGACCAUCCAGGCUGAGCUCAACGCCUCACACCCCCAGCAGCCCCUGGGGCAAACACACGCCGAUUAUGCUAUCGCCUCAGCCAACCAGGGACAAGGAGAGGGGCAAGGGGAGUGGAGCAGCCUAUCAGAGUCCCUGUCUAUCCCGACAGCACUUGGGGAGGCAGGUAUUAUGCAAAUGAAUGGCGAGGACACGCUAUUGGCUGAGAGGAAACUGAUGGAACUGCGGGGAGGGAAGCCCCUCACGCACCCGCGCGCCUGGUUCGUCUCAUUGGACGGUCGGUCUAACGCCAUCAGACACUCUUACAUAGACUUGCAGCGGGCUGGGCAAGCCAAGGGGAAUCCAGGUGGAGGAGGUAGCCAUGGUAACAACAGUGGUGGUAGACAUGUCAACGGAAACGACGCAAGUCUGGACUCCGGGGUGGACCUGAAUGAGCCCAGAGCAGGGCGGAGGGGGAGGGAGGUAGAGAGGAAGGUAGGAGAGAGGGAAAGAGAGAAAGACAGAGAGAGGGGGAGGACAAAGAGCGGCCCUCCUGCCAUGGCCUACACCCAGCUGGUAUAUGUGGAUGACCUGGAGGGGGAGACUCCUGAGUGUAGCCCCCAGGACAGCCCUUUAGGUCCAGGGUUGCAGAACACACAGGGACAUCAACAAGUAGAGGAAGAGGAGGAGGACAGAGGAGAGGAAGAGGAACACAGAGGAGAGGGGAUGAUACAGGAAGAGGCUCCUUCACCCCUCUCCUCCCCCUCCUCCUCCUCCUCCUCUCCACCCCCACUCACAGAGACAAAAGGCGUUGUCUUCAGGACUGAGCAUGACCAGACGGCCCUAUUGUCUGUUGCCCCUGACGACCACGGAGAAGAGGAGAAGAAGAGCCCCUGGCAGAAGCGGGAGGAGCGCCCCCUACUGGCAGUCUUUAACCUCAAAUGACCUUACUUCCCCACCCACCACCCCGCCCCAGAGUGACAUGAAGAAGGAAGUACUUCUGCACUGGGAGCUAAAUGGAACUGUCAGUGAAUGGAAACGAUUGGAACAGUUGGAACUCCAUACAUUCUAAUGUCUAAUCCUUCCUGUGUAUCAUCAUAGCCCCACACUACAUGGACAGGCCACUGACUAGACAUGCCAUAGAGACUUUGUCUGAGUGAUACAGAUGAACUCCUGAACUAAAAACAAACUUGACAACGCCAGAGAACAUGUAAUGCACAACUGCUAUGCCUUUAGUAAAUGAGCUGUGUCAGCAAAAAGGGGCUGUGGAAUAAAGUAGAGACAGACAAUGUGUGUUUCAAUACUUAGCAGCAGCCUCCUUUCCUCAGUCUUAUCUGCUUCAGUCCACUGAUCUGAAAAGCAUCGGACAAGUAAAAGCAAUAUGGCGGAUGUCUACUGGCAGGUCUAGGUAGAAGGAGUAGUAGUGUUUUCAGAUCAGUAACUAGGACAGGAUAUACAUACAGCAGGAAAGGAAGCUACUCUAAUGUAUAAUGCUGCACAGAUCUACGAUCAGUUUUCCCCCCACAGGUCUUAAUCUGGGCGGCAGGUAGCCUAGCAGGUAGAGCGGUGGGCCAGUAACGCAAAGAUCGCUGGUUCGAAUACCCAAGCCAAGAUGUUGAAAAAUCUGUCGAUGUGCCCUUGAGCAAGGCACUUAACCCUGAUUUGCUCCAGGGGCGCCGUACUACUAUGGCUGCAUCUAUCCAGUGUGACACUAAAACAUAUUUUGUUUUGUUAUUUUUUUAGGUUUCCAUUUUCCAACGUUAGGGUACCUUAGAUUGGUGUGUGUGUAACUUCAGUUUCCCAUCCACACGACUGGUGAAUCAGAUAAUGGGAUACAGCCCCCUCUGUUGGUGACUGUUGAUAUUGCAGCACUCUACCAGUGAGGUUUUAUAUGAAGGUUUUGUGUGUUGAACCACUGACUUCGGCUCUGAACGGCUGGCUAUGCAUCACUUUUAUACAGUUGCUUGAGAUGGCUUGUUUUGUAAUUUUAAGUACUCUGUGAUUUUAGUUGCCAAACUAUUUUACUCAAAUACGUUUAUGCUAUUUUCUACUCAGAUAUGUUUUAUCGUUUUUUUUCCCUUACUGUAAGUACAGAGUUUUAACAGACACACACCCAAGCCUUUUCUCUGAAACCAAACCGCAUCCUGACGUUUGGAAACCACUAUAAUCGACUUCCUCGUUUUCCAAGUGCCUUUGAACAAGUUGACUCGUACACAUUAGUUGAUCAGUUCAGCUAGCUAUUUAUUUCUCCUCUCCCCUGUUUAGCUCUAACCCUCCACUACCUCAUCUCUCUCUCCUCCCUCUGUCCCUGGCAGACCAUGCAGCAACCCCCUCUCUCCUCUCCUCCCUCUGUCCCUGGCAGACCAUGC